AUGAAUCGCAUGCUCACAGACAAUACCAGGGCCAUAAAUGUACCCUCCAGUCUCGUCGUAGCUGAGCAGAGGACCAUUUUUGCCAAGGAGAGAAUUUCCAUUCCUGGACAUUACGAGAUCAUCCAGUUCCUGGGCAAGGGCGCCUAUGGGACCGUGUGUUCCGUGAAGUUUAAAGGACAGAACCCGCCCGCCAAGAUCGCGGUUAAAAAGAUCAGCAACAUCUUCAACAAGGAGAUUCUUUUGAAAAGGGCGAUCCGCGAGCUGAAGUUCAUGAACUUCUUCAAGGGCCAUAAGAACAUUGUCAAUCUGAUUGAUCUCGAGAUAGUGUCUAGCUCGCCCUAUGACGGACUGUACUGCUACCAGGAACUUAUCGACUACGAUUUGGCCAAGGUCAUACACUCCUCUGUGCAACUCUCGGAGUUUCACAUUAAAUACUUUCUUUACCAGAUCCUGUGCGGGCUGAAGUACAUACACAGCGCAGAUGUCAUCCAUCGGGAUUUGAAGCCGGGAAACAUUCUGUGUACUUUGAAUGGGUGUCUGAAGAUUUGCGAUUUUGGUCUCGCCAGAGGUAUCCAUGCCGAGUUUUUCCAGUGUAAUCCUAGCGUACAGCCCCAUAUAACAAAUUAUGUUGCUACAAGAUGGUACAGGGCGCCAGAAUUGCUUUUGUCCAACCAACCGUACAACAAGUCCAUCGACAUAUGGGCCGUUGGGUGCAUCCUUGCGGAAUUUUAUGCUCGGAAGCCCGUCUUCAUGGGACGUGACUCCAUGCAUCAAGUUUUCGAAAUAAUUAAAAUUUUGGGCACUCCUGAUAAAGAUCUUUUGAUCAGGUUUGGCACCAUUAAAGCCUGGAAUCUUGGCAAAAAUAGUAAUAAUCCUAUAUAUAAGAAAAUCCCAUGGUCCAAUAUUUUCCCCUUUGCCUCACUCCAAGCUAUAAAUCUCAUAGAAUCGUUACUUCAUUGGGACUCGACACAUAGGCUAAAUGUGGAGCAAGCCAUCUCACACCCAUUUUUAAACGAGGUACGGAAACCGGAUGACGAACCAGUGUGUUUUCAAAGUCCUUUUGACUUCACUUAUGAAUCAGAAUUAGAUUCAAUGUCAAAGUUAAGAGGCUACUUAGUCAAAGAAGUGAAUGAUUUCAAAACCGAACUGACCUCCCCACCUUCAUAA